UACCUGUGUACAUAAUAUUUUUUCACGUUUCAUUUCAAGUUAGUGUGUUCGUUUCGUAGGUAGUCCGUGUGCCGUGCCGUGCUGUACGUCUGUAGAAUGAUUGGAUCAUUUUUUAAUUUUUCAUUAUUAUUACCUACAUUUUUAUUUAAAUAGUGAGUAACCGAAAUAGUUUUUGUGCGUUUUGGUGUAUAAUUUAUAUUAUAUAUCUUGUAUUGUUAUCUGGUAUCCUAAAGUCCAAUGGAAAGAAUAUCUGAAUAUGACUGAUACCUUUGAUGUCUAUGCUUGGUGUACCCGACAAUCAAUCGGACUUCUGUCCUAGCGGCUGACGUGCAUCUAUUGCCCUAAAACCCUCUAUGUUUGAAUAUUUUUCAAGUGAUCGAUGCCAUGAAACACUCAACCUAAUUGGUACUCGGCAGUUUAAAAUAAAUCAAAUUUUUGAAAAGUUAUCGUACUUUAAACCCAUUACAUGUACAACGUACAACGUGUAGCAACGUGAAAUUACGUGGAAAAAAUAAACGUCUUAGUCAGUUUUCAAGAAGAUAGCCAUCAUAAAUAUUACGAAAAUGGGGUCCAUGUUCAGGAGUGAGGAAAUGGCCUUAUGUCAGCUUUUCAUACAGCCAGAAGCCGCUUACGCAUCUGUGGCCACAAUGGGUGAAGCAGGAGUUGUACAAUUUCGAGACUUAAAUAGCGAAAUGAACGUCUUCCAGCGAAAAUUUGUCAGUGAAGUACGACGCUGUGAUGAACUAGAACGUAAAUUGCGCUAUAUUCAAGCUGAAGUGCACAAAGACCACGUGCAUGUUCCUGUACCCGAAAGCAGCGUUUUCCCAUUCGCUCCUAAUCCGAGGGAAAUUAUUAACCUAGAGUCACAAUUAGAACGCACAGAGAGCGAAAUAUUAGAGCUUAGCCAUAACGCCGUUAAUCUAAAGUCUAACUACCUCGAGCUCACAGAACUUAGGCAUGUUCUUGAAAAAACACAUGCAUUUUUUGAAGAGCUUGAUAUGGAUUUCUUAGACCAAGACGGUGCUAGUGCAUCAGGCACGGAUUCUCUGACAAAGGCUCUAAUCAGCGACGAAGCUCUAAAUAGUCAGUCUCAAGUCACUCGGGGCCGUCUUGGGUUUGUUGCCGGAGUCGUGCCCCGAGAACGAGUACCUGGUUUUGAGCGUAUGUUAUGGCGUAUCAGCCGAGGAAAUGUGUUUUUACGGAGGGCAGAACUUGAAGACUCGCUUGAAGACCCAUCUACUGGAAACGAGAUUUUCAAAACUGUGUUUGUUGCGUUCUUCCAAGGAGAGCAGCUCAAGUCACGGGUGAAAAAAGUUUGCUCUGGGUUCCAUGCAUCAUUUUAUAAUUGCCCCAGUGCACAUUCUGAAAGACAAGAGAUGUUAAAGGGCGUUAAAACAAGACUAGAAGAUUUGAAUAUGGUGCUUAAUCAAACAAGAGACCAUAGGCAACGUGUGUUGACAACUGUAACAAAAGAUUUGCAUAAUUGGGGUGUUAUGGUUCGCAAAAUGAAAGCUAUCUACCAUACACUUAAUUUAUUCAACAUGGACGUUACCAAAAAAUGUUUGAUUGGUGAAUGUUGGAUACCAAUAAAAGACUUGGCAUUUAUCAGACAUACAUUGGCUGAAGGCAGUAAAGCUGUAGGCAGCUCAAUACCUUCAUUUUUAAACAUAAUCGACACUAAUGAAAAUCCUCCAACGUUCAAUCGAACUAAUAGGUUCACGCAGGGCUUCCAAAAUUUGGUGGAUUCAUACAGCGUCUCUGGUUAUCGAGAAGUUAAUCCUGCCUUAUAUACUAUAAUCACAUUUCCGUUUCUUUUCGGUGUAAUGUUUGGUGAUGCUGGCCAUGGAAUAAUUUUAACAGUAUUUAGCGCAUAUAUGGUCAUAUAUGAACAACAAUUGUCUAAAACGAAGUCUUCUAAUGAAAUUUGGAACAUAUUUUUUGGCGGUCGCUACAUAAUCUUGCUCAUGGGAUUUUUUUCGAUAUACACUGGAAUUAUAUAUAAUGAUGUAUUUUCAAAGUCCAUAAAUUUGUUUGGCUCCAGUUGGUCAAUCAACGAAAGUCCAAAUUAUAUCAUUGGAAACAAAAGUAUCACAUUAGAUCCUGCUACCGAAGAUUAUUCGCAGAAACCUUAUCCACUCGGACUUGAUCCAGUUUGGCAGAUCGCUGUUAAUAAAAUAAUAUUUCUUAACUCGUACAAAAUGAAAUUAUCAAUCAUUUUUGGAGUCGUUCAUAUGAUGUUUGGCGUUGUACUCAGUGUUGUCAAUCAUGUACAUUUCAACAAAAAAAUCAACAUAAUUUUACAAUUCAUACCUCAAAUGUUAUUUUUGGUAUUGUUGUUUUUGUAUAUGGUGUCUUUAAUGUUCAUGAAGUGGAUCUGGUAUGGUCCUAAAAAUCCCUUAAAGACUAGCCCUAGAUGUGCUCCAUCCGUACUCAUUAUGUUUAUUAAUAUGAUGCUUUUCAAACACACGAAACCAUUUGACGGAUGUGACGAGUAUAUGUUUGAAGGACAAGAUCGCUUACAAAAGAUCUUUGUUAUGAUCGCUAUGCUAUGUAUCCCAGUAAUGUUGUUCGGCAAACCAUUGUACAUAAUUCUGUACGAAAGACGCCACAAGAAACAUACGUCGGAUAGCUGCGGAGAGUUGAACGGGAGCAUCGAACUAAAAGAAACUGAAUUGAGUGGCAUGCUUAACAAUGUUGCUGGUCACGAAGAGGAAGAACCGGCUUCAGAAAUAUUCAUUCAUCAGUCCAUUGAAACCAUCGAGUAUGUGUUGAGCACAGUUUCCCAUACAGCUUCGUAUCUUAGGCUCUGGGCAUUAUCUCUAGCGCACGCACAACUAUCCGAAGUAUUAUGGAAUAUGGUUUUGAGAUUGGGACUGACCAGCGAGACGCAUUGGGGUGCUAUCAAAUUAUAUAUAAUGUUCGGCGUGUGGUCUUUGUUCACGCUGGCGAUAUUAGUCAUGAUGGAAGGCUUAUCGGCAUUCCUACAUACGCUCCGAUUGCAUUGGGUGGAAUUCAUGAGCAAGUUCUACGUUGGUAACGGACACGCAUUCCAGCCAUUUUGGUUCAAACAUGUGCUUGAAAAUGAAGAAGCUGUCGAGGACUGAAGUUUGCUUUUCAUAUACCUAUUUAUUUGUUUCACCCAAAUACUUGAACUUCUUAUUUAUUUUAUACCAGUUAGAUUUUUAAAUGUAUAAAAAUAAUUUUAAUUUUUUUGAUUCGUUAUUGUUAUACAUAAUAAUAUGUUUAUCAUUGUUGAAUACUACGUUGUAUCAAAUUUAUUAAGGGUAGGCCUUCUCUCUAUAUUUAUAUACAAAUAUUGUAUUUUUAUUUUGCACUGCCACUAACUUACUGAAAAAACGCCUUUAUUUGCUUAUAUACUGUGGCCAUCAUAUUGCUAUAACGAUUUUAACAUUUCUUAUCGCGCAUAUCAUAAUAUCACAUUUUUAUUAUUCAUGUCAAAAAUUCAAGGUAGCUUAUAUAUAUAUAAAUAAUUAUAUUUAAAACUGCUGCUAUUCGUGUUUAAGUACUCGAUACAGGUGGACUCUUGUAUAUCGCAGUUAUUUUUCUCUUUAGUUUUUAUUGUUGUACAGGGUCCUGACUUAUGAUACAUCUUUAUACGAUAAAAACAUGAUAGGUAGGUGACUUUAUAUAAUUUACCCUUCAUGUUAUUUUUGCUAUCAUACCAACACAUCUUUUUUAUGUAUGGAAGAAAAUGUUCUUGCAUGGUGCAUACUAUAAUUAUUGAUUCAAUAGUGUAACAUAGUUUGUGUAUAAUUCAUAACAAUAUUUUAUGAUACACUUGUGAAAAAUUUAAAAUCUACUUGACAAUCAUGAUCACGAUUUUAUUGUGUAUAUCUACCCAAACCCUGAUAUUCUAACAUUUUACAUUUUUGAAAUAAUAUUCAGUGCCUUAAUAUAUUGCUUCAAAUAUUUAAAUUGUAUAUAAUUAUACCCAUGUAUACUGCGAGUGAUUCACUAAACAUGCUCAAUACUUUUGUGAUUAGAUAAUGGCAUUUCUAUUACCCCAUCACUAUUAUUAUAUUAUAUUAUAUGUACUAUAUUAUAGUGAGCGUGUUUAGUUAACCACAUUGUGUAUACAGGUAUUACAUUUAUAAUAAUGUAUAUCGUUAAUUUUUAUUAAUUCAUUACAUUCGAUUAGUAUUCUAAAUUAAGAUUAAGAUAAAUUUUGCCAAUUACUUCAUAGGUAAUUACUAUACUGAACAUAAAAUUUUUAGAUUUAAUUAAAAUAUUUUAAUUUAUUUUUGACAAUCGAAUUAAUAGGACGUACUAUUAGGUGCUUUUAUAUCGACCGUGUGUAUCUAAUAAUUAGUUUCAUAGGAAAGUAAAUUAUAUAUUUGUGUCUGACAAUCCACUUUUAAAACUUCAAACAUACCUAAUCAUGCAUUUUCAUAAUAUAAUAUAUCGUACAUAUA